AUGAGCUCUGAACAAGAUGUCUCACAAAAAGAAGAUUCCUCCGAAUGUUUGAGAUCUCGGAUAUUAGGCUGUCUCGAUGGAAUACAUGGUGCAGGGUCGUUCGCAACAUCCGACCACAACGCCGAGCACGUUCACCCUGGUCUAGUCGUCAAAAAUGUCGGUCUUAUCAGACUUCCCUUAUCUCCUGAAGAUGCGAAGGCUCUCAUUCGGGUGAGCCGGCAGGCCCCUGCUGGCGAGGGAGGAGAAACCCUGGUUGACGAGACUGUGACCAAAACUUGGGAGAUCGACGCCGAAGAGUUGUCGUUCGAAAAUGAAGACUGGACUAACUGGCUUGAUCGUGUUCUUGAAUAUGUCUCCGAGGAUCUAGGUAUCCCUGAUGAUGCUGGCCGCAUACAAGCUGAGCUUGACAAGUUACUGGUCUACGAGGAGAGUGCCUUCUUCAAACAUCAUAAAGAUACGGAGAAGACCAAUAACGCGUUUGGAACACUGGUCAUCUGCUUGCCCUCUGAACAUGUUGGCGGCGGAGUUCGCUUGAUUCAUGGAGAUGAAGAAAGAGUUCUCGAAUCAGACAAGUGGUCGUCUUACGGUGUCUCUUAUUUGGCUUGGUACAAUGAUGUAUCUCAUGAGGUGUUGCCGAUUCAGUCCGGAUAUCGGUGCGUUUUGACUUACAACCUCAUCAACACUGUCAUUGAGUGCCAUCCUUCGGCUUCCGCACGAGGCAUUGAACAAUCUAAAAUCGAGAGAAUGCUUGUCGAUUGGCACGCAAUGCAAGACAAGGAACCUUUCAUGUGUUACGCGCUUCAGCACAGAUACCUGAGUGACAAUCUCCAACUGGACAGCCUGAAAGGUGACGACCACUACCGCUGUUCUCAGCUUGACAGAGCUUGUCAGUCAAAUGGUCGCUUCUGUAUUUUCCUAUCCAGGUUGGAGCUGACCGACAGUGUAAUCGACGACGGGUCCGACAAACAAGCGGUGGAAGGGGACGGGCUCCGUUUAAACGGUGUUUUCACUCUGCAAGGUCUCAAACUUCAAGAUUCUUUCUUGAUAUCGCACUCCCACCUUGCCCAGAGAAAUUUAUAUGAGGCCCGUGAUUGCGAUGAUGUCCAGAGACGCACAUAUGAGACCUAUGAUCACACUUCCGAGGACUUGGUCAAUUCUGCUGAAAUCCAACAAGUUUACCAUGAUGUUGUCGCUGUUAUUGUUUCUCGGGACCACAUGACGGAAUUCCUCCUUACAGAUCAUGAUUCUCCUGGGGGUUACUCCUUCUUCCUCAAACGACUUUUCGCUGGCCUCACAGACCAGAACGGUGAUGAAUGUCAACUGUUCCGCGAAAUGAUCAUCCAGACGUGCCAAAACCACAUUAAAAUGUGCUCUAAAACAGGCACUUCAAGAUGGUAUGGGUGGGAUCAUUUCCUGCGCCUAACAGCAAUUGCGUGUUUGCGUAUCGAGAAUCCUGUGGCAGCUAAAGCAGCCUUCCAGGCUAUGGAAACCAUCUUCCACACAUCUACCUUCCAGGACCUCGGCGGGCUAGGUUUCGAGAAAACCAGAGAACUUGCCACAGAAGCUUUUUCUUGCAUUCCGUCACUGCACCUAGUUGGUCGUGGGAUGCGAGCAUUCCGAUUUGGUAUAGCCAGCGCUGUUCAACCCGACGCUAUCGAAACAUCAGAAGACGCUGUCUGCCAAUGGGCAGUGGGUAUCAUCUGCAAGGCCCUAGAUUCGAUUAGAGUGGUCUCGUCUAAGGAUGCAAGAGCUGUGGUUCAGAUCAUGGUUACCUAUAAAGACGAAAGAGUCUGUAAAAGCAUGGCCGCUUUUGUAGAUCGCUUUUUGAAGAAGGUGGUCUUCGCAAACACCCUCGUAGCGGAAGUCCUUUGGUACGCCAGACAAGCACAGAAACCAGACUUUGUUGUCGAAUAUCUCCUCCCACCAAUUUUGAAUAGGGCCGCCUCCUUUUUCCGGUUGGAACGAUUUUCGAUUUGGUCGAGUAACCGGUUCCCCAGUGAAAGGGAUCCCUUUUCUCUGCUGCCAAAAAAAGACGAGAGUGGCAGAAUAGGCGCCUCUGUUGUUGCGUCACUGUACCGUCAACUUGCGAGCCACGAUUUAGACAAGGCAGGACAGCUCCUUGAAAAGAUCGGGAAUGACACUACAAGCAUUUACCAAGGCAACCUUGACGACUUUAUUAUCCCACUCCUCGUCGAAAUGAUCGACAUCACCGAGCAUCAACCAUAUGAAGCUUCUCUGUUCUACGCCAAAGCCAUCUCUACCUAUACCGAGAGGAUGGUUAAGAAGGAGCCUCCAAAACCACAAAAUUGGUCCCUGUGGGAAGAUUUCAAAAUAUGUAUUCGGCCAGAAUGCCCUCAUUGCGAUGUACGGUCUCCUGUACGACAUUUUCUAUCAGAUCCAAACCAAAAGGACAAGGCUUUCGCUAUUCCUGAGGAUCAGUGUUACGACUUCAAACUCCACCUUCCGAAUUACUACAAGAUAAGCAAGUGGAGAAGCGGAAAGGAUUACGGAAUCAGGGUAACUAAGACACUCGGGAGGUGGGAAGAAAAACACAAGAAAUGGCAAAGCAAAGCUGACCAUGUCCAAUCGGCUCUUCGGUCGCUGCCUGAGACACCACUACGCAAAUGCCUUGGAGACGACAAGUAUCAGAGCUUGAUGGACCUACAGAUUGUCAAAAUUCCAACUAAAGAUAUUAUCAAGUAUUCGCCAAACUCUGCUUAG